CUGCCCAAGAAAUAAAUAGAGGCAUGCUGAGGUCUCAACUCCAGAAGUUCUCUGAGCUCCAUCUUGUACCAGAGACCGACCGACAAGAGCUGCCUCAACAUGAAGUUGGUCAUAGUCUUCAUGCUGGCCAUCAUCCCCGUUUACUGCCGAACCAAUAGUUCUGGCUGCAAUGCAUUGGAUGAUGCUAUUGCAAAGACCAUUAACUCAUCAGUGUCUAUGGAAGAAUAUCACGAAACAGUUCAAAAAUACACAUUUCUUCCUUAUAUCCGACGUACUAUGGAAAAGUUCAAGGAAUGUUUUGCAAAACAGUCUAAUGAGACUCAGCAUAAUGUUUUUGUGAUGGAGUUUGCCAUUUACAACAGUGACAAGUGUUCAGGAUAUUAACCUUCCACGAGACCUUUGGAUCAUAAGCCAGCAGUGAUACCACAAAUCAUAACUUUUCUUUCGUGAUUGUAUCUUUCUGUCUAUAAAGUGCAAGAUAAUUGUUGGAAUCUCAAAGGCAUUUCUUUCUACUUCAUUAAAUUAAAAGCAAAUACCAA